GCCACUUAUAUCUCUUACUUCUUACUCUUCAAUGGCCUUUUCAAGCUCAAGCCACCUCCUCCUCCUCCUCCUCACCACCAUAUUCCUCACAACUCUUCUUCUACCUCAAGCUCUCGCUUCGCCCGCAAACUCCAAUCUCUUCCGUGAGUACAUCGGAGCGGAGUUCAACGGCGUCAAGUUCUCUGACGUCCCCGUCAACCAGAACGUAGAGUUCCACUUCAUCCUCUCCUUCGCCAUCGACUACACCACCUCAACCUCCCCCUCCCCCACCAACGGCCGCUUCAACAUCUUCUGGGACAGCAACAACCUCUCCCCAGCGCAAGUAGCUUCAGUAAAACGAAGACACGGCAACGUGAAAGUUGCACUCAGCCUCGGCGGCGACAGCGUAAGCGGCAGCCCCGCGAACUUCACAGUUUCAUCCAUAGAUUCAUGGGUGAGCAAUGCAGCUUCCUCUUUAACGAGAAUCAUGAAGCAGUACGAUCUCGACGGUAUCGAUAUCGACUACGAACACUUCCUCGAAACACCCGACACGUUCGCGGAGUGUAUCGGGCAGUUGAUAACGAAGCUAAAGAGGAAUGGGGUGGUGCGAUUCGCCUCUAUCGCUCCCUUUGAUGAUGAACAAGUCCAAAGCCACUACCUAGCGCUGUGGAGGAAGUACGGGCACGUUAUCGACUACGUGAACUUCCAAUUCUACGCGUACGAUAAAGGCACGACGGUUUCACAGUUUCUGAGCUACUUCGAGAAGCAGAGUUCGAACUAUCGCGGCGGGAAGGUGUUGGUGAGCUUCGCUACUGACGGAGUUAGCGGUGGUUUAACGCCGGAUGGAGGGUUCUUCAGAGCGUGCGAUAGUCUCAGGGAGGAAGGGAAGUUGCAUGGCAUCUUCAUUUGGUCCGCAGAUGAUUCGAUGAACAGCGGCUUCCGCUUCGAGCAGCAGUCGCAGAGCUUGUUGGCGAGUGCUCGUUGAGGUUACAUAUAUAUAUAUAUAUAUACAUAUAUAUAGUGAACUAUUUAGAGAGAUCAUGAAUGUCGUAGUUUCUUAAUUAAUCAUUUAUGCAUGUGUCCUAGCUCUUUAAGCUAGUUUGUGUUGUUGCACCUUUACUUACUAGUUUGAUUGUUAUGUACUAUACCGUUGUAAAAUGUAUUAUUAGCAAAACUACUGGAUAUUUAAGUAAGAGAAAAUUACCAAA